AUGGGAAAGAAGAAGUUGGUCUACACCUCCUCCGACGAUACCAUCACCAUCAACUAUGCCCAUCGCUUCAUCUCCGGGGUCCACAAGCAAGCAAGCAAGCAAGUGCCUCCGAAGCCAGCGCACCUCCAGAGCCAGGUGACGGUGCCUGCUGGCCCCCCACUGGCGCUGGGGCGCGUGGAGAGAGCACUCCUCAGAGCCACCAUGGAGGAGGGAGGAGGAGGGGCGGUGACGGGGAAGAGCCGGGAGAAACCCUCCAAAGUCUUGGACCUCAUCAACCACUUUGAGGAGAACAGCCUGAUGGAAACCAAGAGGGAGGGCUCGCCACUGAAGCAGCUUAGCAAGUCACCCCUCUGCAGUCCGGCUCACCGGGGCUACCAGAGACAGUCUGAGCCCAAGCAACAGGACAACAACUUGGUGGAUUCAGGCUCUGUCCCGGGAACGCCACGGGAUGCCCACAAACCGGCAGCUAACGGGGUGCUAGCCCAGGUGGACAGAGACAGGGACAGGGAGAGCGGGUUCCCCCUGAGGACAGACACUGCCCUGGUGAAUGGGGACAUGGGAGACAGGAGCACAGAGCAGAGUGGGGAGACCCAUGCUGAGACAGAGACCCAUGCUGAGACAGAGACCCAUGCUGAGACAGAGACCCAUGCUGAGACAGAGACCCAUGCUGAGACAGAGACCCAUGCUGAGACAGAGACCCAUGCUGAGACAGAGACCCAUGCUGAGACAGAGACCCAUGCUGGGGAGGACAGUCCACCUACAGGAGACCCCCAACCGAAACAAAGGAAGGAGGAGGGCACUGUGGAGCAGAAGGUACCGGAGACCAACGAACAGAAGCUGCACAAGAUCGCCAAUGAGCUCCUGAAGACAGAGAGGGCCUACGUCACACGGCUCAACCUGCUGGACCAGGUGUUCUGUGCCAAGCUGAUGGAGGAGGCUCUGAAGGGCACGUUCCCUGUGGACGUGGUGAAGAACAUCUUCUCCAACAUCUCCUCCAUCAACACCUUCCAUAGCCAGUUCCUGCUGCCAGACCUGGAGAAACGCAUGGGAGAAUGGGAGUCCACCCCUCGCUUGGGGGACAUCCUGCAGAAGCUCACGCCCUUCCUGAAAAUGUACGCUGAGUACGUGAAGAACUUUGACAAGGCCAUGGAGCUGCUUAAACAGUGGACGGACCGCUCUCCACAGUUUAAAUCCACCAUCCAGGACAUACAGAGUCAGGAAGCGUGUGGCAGUUUGACGCUGCAGCACCACAUGUUGGAGCCGGUACAGAGAGUUCCCCGUUACGAGAUGCUGCUCAAAGACUACCUGAAGAAACUGCCUCAGGACGACCCCGACCACCGAGAUGCAGAAAAGUCAUUGAACAUCAUCGCCAUGGCAGCCACACACUCCAACAGUGCCAUUCGAAAAUCUGAGAAUCUGAAGAAGCUGCUGGAGAUCUAUGAGAGGUUAGGGGAGGAGGAGGACAUCGUCAACGCCUCCAAUGAGUUCAUCAAGGAGGGACACAUCCUGAAGCUGGCUGCCAGGAACACCUCGGCUAUGGAGAGAUACCUCUUCCUGUUCAACAACAUGCUGUUGUACUGCGUGCCCAAGUUCAGUCUGGGAGGGCCCAAGUACACAGUACGCACCCGCAUCGGCAUCGAGGGCAUGAAGGUACUAGGGACCACCAACGAGGACUACCCCCACACCUUCCAGGUGUCUGGCAAGGAGAGGACUCUGGAGCUUCAGGCCAGCUCCGAACAAGACAAGGACAAUUGGAUAAAGGCUUUUCGGGAGACCAUUGAGAUCUUCCAUCAGAAGAAUGAGACAUUCAAGUCAGCCUCCAAAGAUGUGGAGGAAGUGUCGACGGCAGAGCUGGGGAAACGUGCCCCUCGCUGGAUACGAGACAAUGAGGUGACAAUGUGUAUGAAGUGUAGAGAGCCCUUCAAUGCUCUGACGCGACGGAGACACCACUGUCGAGCCUGUGGCUAUGUUGUGUGUUGGAAGUGCUCAGACAACAAGGUGGCCCUGGAGUACGACAGCAACAAGAUCAACAAGGUGUGUAAGGACUGCUACUCCAUCCUGACUGGAGAGGAAAAGGCAGAGGGCAAGAAGAAGGGCAUUCUGGAGAUUGAGGCCGCCCAGUUCUCCGGCAGCAGCAUCAUGUGUGGCUUCCUGCAGUACUGUGAGAAGAACAAGCCCUGGGGGAAGGUGUGGUGCGUCAUCCCAGAGAAGGAGGCGUUGGUGCUCUACCUCUACGGAGCGCCACAGGAUGUGAAGGCCCAGUCCACUAUCCCUCUUCUGGGUUACUCUGUGGAGGACAGCCCCCGGCCUGCCGACCUUCCAGCCAGCUUCCGUUUGUCACAGUCCAAAUCAGUCCACAGCUUCGUGGCCGAGAGCGAUGAGCUGAAACAGCGCUGGCUCAAGGUGAUCCGGGUGGCCGUGACUGGGGAGGUGCCCGAGUGCCCCCCUCCCAACGAUGCCACGGGCACCAUGGCCGUGGACGGCGCCCAGGAGACAAGCUCAGACAGCACCUAACUGUGUGGUGUGGCAUGGAACAACUGAAGACCGCCAGAGACCUAUGUGCAUUUAUGCACACACACACACACAGUCCCAUGCUACCCUCAUGGACACACACACACACAGUCCCAUGCUACCCUCAU